UAUAGAGUACCUUAAAAAUAAUCUAGGCCAUUGUUUCAGUUAAUGUUGGUAUUCUUUCAGUUGAUCUUUGUAUUUUUUCAGUUGAUGCUUUUUUUUUUCAGUUAGUUUUAUUGUUUGAUUAAACUUUCUUUCUUUCAGAUGUGAUAAAUCCUUGUCUAAGAAGAAAAGCAAAUCUGAUUUAUCACCAAUCAAGUUUUCAUUUUCAAGAUCUAAUCCCGAUCAACAGAAAGACACAUUUGAUAGAUCGAAUUUCACUGAGCAAGAAAUAAAGUCAAUUAAUCUACAAGUAUUGUCAGACUAUUCCCAUUUAAAUGAAGUGGUUAGUAAUUUGAGUGAUGAGCAAAAAAGAGACAUUAGGGAUAUUGGGUUUGGGAGUCUCUUAGAUAUUAGGAUAAAGAAGUUUUGUCCUAAUCUGAAUUUGGAGGUGUUGUUAAAUUACAAUGCAUCUGGAAUGAUGUUUUCAACAAAGAAUGGUAAACUGAUUUUUAAUAAGUUUACCAUUAGUGAUGUUUUGGGGUUACCUGUGUCAGAUAGAGCAGUAGAGGUUAUAGAUGAUGACGCCUUUAGGAGGAAAGGUAGUCAGAUAGAGGCUGGAAGUGCCAGGAAGGAUUGGCAUAGGUUUCUUGGUAUUUCUGAUCCCAAGAAGGUAUAUAUUGGUAGAAAAAAUUGGGAUGAUUUGUUUAAGAAAUAUGAAUCCGGGGAUGAUUUCAAGAAGUUAUUUGUGAUCUUUUCGUUGUCGAAGCUUCUAUGUCCUAUAGCUGAUUUAGGGCCUGUGCUGAAAUGUGCCAAGAGUUUAGAAGAUGUAUCUGCAAUUUCAAGUUAUGACUGGUGUGGAUAUAUAUUGAGAAGUCUUUGUGCUGCUGUUUUGGACUGUCAUCAGUCUAUUAUGAUUAAGAAGAUUGAGCUUGGACAGAAGAAAGUAUCAUUCAAGCUUCGUGGAUGCGUCAGCGCUUUGACUCUUGCUGUUAUUCACAACUUCAAGUGUCGUAAUCUGGAUUAUUCAAAUGUCAGUAAGCCAUUUAUCAGUUAUUGGCAGGAUGAGAAGGAUUUGACUGAUGUUGUGAAGCAGUUUGAGAUCAACAUGGAUUUUAUUCUGCCGGUGAAGCGUGAAAAACAGAAGGUUGAGUUUAAAACUCCCAGUGUUAGUGUUGCUAGUAGGAAGUCUGGUUCUCCUAUAAUUAAGGUGGUUGAGGGUCCAUCACCUUCAACUAGGCAGCUUAUCAUGGAUCUUCCUCAUAGUUUGAUGACUGAUGAGGAAAUAGAUGCUCUUGAUGUUCCUGUGAGUUUCAUUUAUCUUAUGUUUUUAUUUUUUUUACUCUUGAACUCUAAGUGAAGACUGUUGACCUCUAACUGAAAUAAUGUCAGUUCUAGCUGAAGAGCAAAUAAGACUAACUUAAAAGUAAAGAAGUGUAACUUAGAAAUAAAGAAGUCUAACUGAAACUAUGUAACUGAAGAGUUAACAAGUCUAACUGAAAAUUAUAUUAGUCUAACUGAAGAGUUAAUAAGUCUAACUGAAAAUUAUAUUAGUCUAACUGAAAACUUAA